AUGUCUACUCCUACCUGCACCAUCGUCGUCCACCCCCCUACCUUCUCUACCCCCGCCUCUCCUGUCCUCGCCGUCACCUCCCUCGACUCGUUCUCAGCUUCGCGCGGGUCGCCUAGCUCUCUGGCCCUGUUCAUCUCCGGCUCGCCUCAGUCUUCCUCCUGGCCAUGGUCACCGGCCGGGAUCUCGGACGACCAGUACCUUCUCCCGCCCACAAAGACCAGGCGCAGGAGGAAGACCAGGACGUCCAAGCCCAAGCUCGCCUCCCGUCGGGACCGCGACUUGCCCGACCCCUGGGAGACCGUCACCGACCCUGCCUCUGGUCAGCUCGUCCUCGUCCCGGCCGAGCACUCUGACGACGUCGCAGUGGAUAGUCGCGCUCGCACUCCUGCUGGCGCGCUGCGGUCUAUGCUGGCUGGACUGAGGGACCCGCGAUCCGUUCCGUACCUCGAGUGGCUGUUUCUUUUCGCUCACACCCUCUUCUUCCUUUUCUAA